CUUCCUCUCCAAACAAGUUCAAAAAAAAAAAGGAGAGUGAGAGAAGAGGGCACCCGCCGCCGCCGCCGCCGCCGCCGCCGGUGAUCGAGAGGGGACUAGCCUUCCCUUGCCUCGCGUUGCCUCCACGCCAGAAGAAGCAUCGUCAUUAUCAGCUCAGCAGCAGCCAUGUUCGGCCCCACCAACCCAUUUGGGCAGUCAUCAACCAGCCCAUUUGGCCAGAACUCAUUCGGAACCCAGCAGGGAUUUGGCCAGGCUACCCCUGCUGCUAACAACCCCUUUGCGCCAAAACCGUUUGGCAGCCCAACCACAACUUUUGGGGCACAGACUGGAAGCUCACUUUUCGGCACUACAUCCACUGGUGCCUUUGGCCAGCAGCAGUCCACUCCCACAUUUGGCACUACAUCCACUGCUUCUUUUGGCCAGCAGCAAUCCACUCCCGCAUUUGGCACCCCGUCCUCCUCUCCAUUCGGGAGCUCUCCAGCUUUCGGUGCAUCGCCCACUCCUGCCUUUGGUGCUACAUCCUCUACCUUUGGCUCUGGAUCUUUAUUUGGACAAAAGCCAAGUUUUGGAGGUUUUGGAUCAUCUCCUAGCCAAUCAAGUCCUUUUGGUGGCACGUUCCAGCAAACACAACCGACAUUUGGCAGCAGCACUUUUGGUGCAUCAACUACACCGGCAUUCGGUACCACAACUACGCCGACAUUUGGUGCAACUGCACCAGCCUUUGGCACCACAACUACACCGGCCUUCGGCGCCACGACUACCCCAGCAUUUGGUUCAACAUCACCAUCUUUAUUUGGUGCUUCUAGCACCCCGGCGUUUGGCUCAUCCGCUCCUGGUUUUGGAACUUCAGCGACCACACCAUUUGGUGUGAGUAGUAGUACUACAGGUUUUGGAUCUUCCAGCACACCGUCAUUUGGCACAUCAACCAAUGCAUUCAGUUUUGGUCCUUCACCAUCGUUUGGACAAACGACAGUUGCCUCUGGUAGUUCCCCCUUUGGAACAACAUCACCUUUCGGUGUGCAGACUCCAGCAUUUGGCUCACAAACAACAGUACCCACUUUUGGGCAAGCACAAUUUUGUAAUCAAGCUGGAGGAACUAGUAUAAAACUUUAUGCUCAAACACCAGAUGUUGAUGGUGCUACAAGUGUUACUCAGCCAGCAAAACUUGAUUCCAUAUCAGCGAUGCCUGAAUACAAAGACAAGAGUCAUGAAGAAUUGAGGUGGGAAGAUUACCAGCGCGGAGACAAGGGUGGAUCAAACCCUUCUGGAACUCCAACAGUGACACCUACCUCAUCAACACCACCGAAUACUUUUACAACAAACAGUGCAUUUAACCAAACUACUCCAAACCCAUUUUCAUCAAACAAUCCAUUUGCUAAGAAUGGUUCAACUAGUGCAUUACUAUUCAACACCUCAUUUAACAAUACAUCAGUUGCAAGUUUGAGCCCAUUCACAUCGUCCACUAGUACCACAAUCUUUGGACAAACAGGUGUUUCUGUAUUUCCAGCAAGUAGUUCACCAUCUUUGUUUCCAAAUGCUGCUCCUACUUUUGCUUCAUCUUCAUUAUUUGGCACAUCAACACCAAAUAAUUCAAGUCUAUUCGGCACUGGUUUGUCGUUGGCUAAUGCUCAAUUGGCCCCACCAUUUCAAUCUUUCCUCGCAUUUACACAACAGCCAUCAAGUACACUAGCUUUCUCCUCUGGAAACCUAUUUCGCACACUUAAUACUGGCAGUCUGUUUGGCAGCAGACCUUCACUUUUUACAACGCCAACAUAUCAACAAUCUGCCCCUGCUCAAACUUCAAGCAUGUUCUCCUUUCAACCUCCGCCUCAACCAGGUGGACUUCCUGGUUUUUCAAACAUUGCUAAUCAGGCCCUCAUUGGACAGCAAACUAGCCAUUAUAUGGUCAUGCAACCUGCUCCUGUCUCAAAUCCAUUUGGGACACUUCCGGCCAUGCCUCAAAUGUCCAUUGGUAAUGGUGGAUCUUGUUCUUCGGUUCAAUAUGGAAUAUUGAGUUUGCCGGUUGCUGAGAAGCCUCUUCCGAUUAGAACAUUGUCCGUGGCAGUUCCUAGGCAUUUAUUACAAAGAAGGAUCAAAUUUCUGCCAAGAAAAUAUAAUCCAAUAUCAGAUGGCAAGGUUCCAUUCUUUGCUGAUGAUGCUGAAUCUCCUGCAACUCCAAAAGCUGGUGCUUUUUUCAUCCCUAGAGAGAACCCGAGGAAUCUGAUAAUCUGUCCACUCGAGCAGUGGCCCUCACAUAGUGGAAUUAACAGGCAAUCAGUUCCAAAGGAUUCAGCUGGUUUGGACAAAUAUGAAGAUGCAUCCACUGAAAAGGCUGUCAAGUCACCAAGGUGCAGUCCUCUGGUGGAAAAUGGGAAGCAGCAUGAGCCCAGUCAUCAUGGGAAUGGGAAGGGCACUUCAGUUAAGGGGCUGUUGCCUAAGCUCCCUCAGGCAGAUUACUUCACGGAGCCUAAUCUGGAGGAGCUUGCUGCCAAAGAACGUGGUGAGCCAGGCUACUGCGGUCUGGUGGAGGACUUUGUUGUGGGGCGCCAUGGCUAUGGCAGCAUCAAGUUCCUUGGGGAGACGGAUGUGCGGGGCCUGGAUUUGGAGUCAGUUGUGGAGUUCAACAACAGGGAGGUUAUUGUGUACAAGGACGACAGCAAGAAGCCCCCGGUGGGUGAGGGGCUUAACAAGGCUGCGGAGGUGACUCUUCUGAACAUCAAAUGCGUGAACACUAAGACAGGGGGGGAAUAUCUAGAUGGCCCGCAGGUGGACAGUUAUACACAAAUGCUUGUGAGGAUGACGGAGGAGCAGGGAGCAGAGUUUGUGUCCUUUGAUGUGGCCAUGGGAGAGUGGAAGUUCAGGGUGGAGCACUUCAGCACCUACGGGCUCUGGGAUGUGGCAGGGGAAUCGGAGGAGAGGCGGGUGCUGCAGAAGGAGCAAGAUGCUGAAUCAGCAUGUCAAAUAAAAAAAAUAAUUUGGGAUGAUGAUACAACAUCAUUGUUUAACCAUAUAUGUUCCCAAGAAAUUACCCAAGGGAACAUGGAGGUUGGAAAGCUUUCAGUUGAAAUCUUAUGGGAGAAGCUCGCAAAGGAAGGAAUUCAAUGUACCAAUUAUCAAAUUCAAAAUAAAUGGGAUGAUUUGAAAAGGCUACAUAGUUUUUGGCACAAUCAAGUGUUGGGGUCCAAAGUGAAAAUAAAAGAUGAAAAGUUUUGGAAGCGUGUAUUGAAGUCUCGGGAAUCAAAGAUUGAGUAUAGAAACUUAAGACAUGGCCCACCGCAAGACAUUGAAUAUCGUGAUAUAAUGUUUGGAAAGAAGUCAGCGCAAAAUUCUUCUCGAAGAGAUCAACAAUUAAAGAAAGAUCCAGAUUGUUUACAGAUCACUGUUCAAGAGUUGAAGGAAGAGCGAGAGAAUCUAAAGAAUGACUUAGAAAAAGUGAAGGAAGAGCGAGAGAAUCUAAAGAAUGACUUAAAAAAAGUGAAGGAAGAGUUGAAGUCAGCGCAAGAUUCUUCUCGAAGAGCUCAACAAUUAAAGAAAGAUCUAGAUUGUUUACAGAUCACUGUUCAAGAGUUGAAGGAAGAGCGAGAGAAUCUAAAGAAUGACUUAGAAAAAGUGAAGGAAGAGCGAGAGAAUCUAAAGAAUGACUUAAAAAAAGUGAAGGAAGAGUUCAAGCUCAUAGGGAUGCAGAAGGACAUGGAAAAGCAGUUGAGUACUAUGAUUCCUGCCUCAGUGGCAAAGGAAAGCAAAAAACUCGAGACAUCAUUAGGGCGCAGCAUGGAGAAAUCUAUCAAGGCUCACAUUGAUACCUUUUGGGUUCGUCUCCAGGAAGAAAACACUAAGCGUGAAAAGGCUGACAGAGAACGAAUGCAGCAAUUGGUUACUCUCAUUACAAACUCGAUAAACAAGGACAUUCCUGCUAAUCUGGAGAAAUCACUUAAGAAAGAAAUCUCGUCACUUGGGCCUGUUGUUGCUCGAGCAAUUACACCUAUUAUUGAGAAGUGCCUAGCCUCUGUGGUUUCUGAUUCAGUUCAGAAAGGGGUGGGUGACAAGGUGUGCAAUCAGCUGGAUAAAUCUAUUAGUGGGAAACUUGAAGCUACACUUGCCAGGCAAAUCCAAAUGCAGUUCCAUACAUCUGUAAAACAGGCUCUUCAGGAUGCUUUGCACACUAGCUUUGAAUCAUUGCUUGUUCCAGCAUUUGAACAAUCAUGCAAGACGAUGUUUGAGCAAGUAGAUGGUGCAUUUCAGAAAGGAAUGUCUGAGCACACAGUUGCUAUUCAGCAGCAAGUUGAGACAGCACAUACUCCAUUAGCGUUAACAUUAAAGGAAACCAUCAAUUCUGCAUCAUCAAUCACCCAGAGUUUUUCGUGAGAGUUACUUGAUGGCCAGUGCAAGCUAUUGGCACUUGUUGCUUCUGGGAACGUCAAGGCACAUAAUACCAAUUCUUUGCAACCCGUUAAUGGUCCUAUGGGUGGCCCCCAAGAGGUUGAGGCUCCAUUAGAUCCGAUGAAAGAGCUGGGCAGGCUGAUAUCUGAACGCAAGUUUGACGAGGCAUUUACAAUGGCCCUACAAAGGAGUGAUGUUUCCAUAGUAUCGUGGCUAUGCUCUCAGGUUGAUUUGCGUGCAUUAUUGGCAAUGGUCCCACUCCCACUUAACCAGGGGGUUCUCUUGGCCCUACUGCAGCAGCUAGCAGUUGACCUAAACAACGAGACAUCACGAAAAGUUCAAUGGAUGACAGAUGUUGCCAUGGCAAUCAAUCCAGCAGACCCGAUGAUUGCGGUGCAUGUGCGACCCAUCUUUGAAGCAAGUCUACAGCCAGUUGGCCCACCAGCGGGCACUCCCCACGACGAGCACAACAUAUGGCACCAGCAUCCGCGUGAUAAUGCAUGUAAUUAACUCGGUUCUGCUUAGCUAUAAGUGAUACUACCAUUGGUGGCUGUACAACUGUGGGAAAUAGGCCUAUUCUAUGUAUAGAGAAAUUUUGAAACGGAAAGGGAACCCACAGCCCACGGGUUGAUGCUGUGACAAUGUGGUCGAGGACACUUGCAAGACAGUGGAGGCAUCCUCCCCGGGUGUAAACUAGGCUUGAGUAACUCUUGAAUUUGCACUAUUGUAGUAUUUCGGUGUCCUCGAAUUGUCUAGAUUAUGUUCCUUCGUCUUGUGGUCAGUCGAAGUCCGGGACGGCUUGAGGCCCGUAGCAGGUGUUUGUGGUGGUUGAUUCCCACAAAAUUUUGGAAGAUAAUGGAGAAUUGUUUGAGGCAGCUAGUUCUGUUUCGAUAUUUAUCUCA